UCUUAUACUCCGUAAUAAUAUCAAAUAAUUGCAACUAAGUUAAAAACAUGUCCACGAACGCAACAAAAAUGUUAAAAAAUAAUAAGCUCAAGAGAUUAAAAAAACAAAUGGAACAGCGAAGAAAAAUUCAAUUGAAGAAAGCUAAUGAAACAGAGGAUAAAAUUAUAAAACAUUUAGAAAAACAACUGAAAUUGAACAAGCGGAAAAGUAAAACGACUCCAAAAUCUUUUACAUCGGAUGGCUUGGACUAUUUAUUGGACUUCUGCGACACGGAAAGUAGAAAAAAUUUAGUUGAAACUGAAAAACAAUUAGUAGAAGCUGAUUGUGAAUCUGAAUUUGAAGAAGAUUUUGCCAUUGCAGCAACAAGCCUGAAAUACCAGAAAAAUUCUGAUGACAGAUCAGAUAUGACAGUUUCCAAAAAUACAAAAAAGAAGAUUAAUAAUCAUCUUGAAGAUUAUAAUACAGAUGAUUCAAGUAAUAAAGUACAUGAAAAAAUGUCUGACGAAAACAAUGAAGAUCAGCAAUCAACCAAAAAAAGAAAAAUUAAAACAAAUAGUAAUAAGCAACUAAAGAAAACUAAAAAUGAUGUCUCACCAGAAAAAAAUAUAUAUAAUUUGAAAGAGAAGAAAAAUUCAAUGAAAUUGCUUGCUUCAAAAGUCCAAAAUAAUGUAAAAGAAAACGACAAAAAAUCAGAAAUGUACAACGAUGUAUCCAAUGAGGAAAAUGUAGGUUGGGAAGAUAUUUAUGGAAGAAAACGAGACAAGGAUGGUAAUACCAUACCUGAUCGAAUGGAUAAAUAUAUACCACCUGCAGCAAGGCAUACUGAUUUAAAGAUAAAUUCUACUACAAAUGAUAAGCUUACAAAAUUAAAAAAGCAGUUAAAGGGCCUUUUAAAUAGAUUAGCAGAAUAUAACAUGCAUACAAUUGCUUUACAGGUUGAUGAAUUAUACAUGGCAAACAGCCGCAAUGAUAUGAAUGAAGUAUUGUAUAAUCUUAUGGUUGAAGCUCUUGUUUUACCUGUACUAACUCCAGAUCGACUUGUCACAGAACAUAUGAUGUUAAUUUGUAUAUUACAUGCAAAUGUUGGCAUUGAAGUUGGAGCUCACUUUUUAUUAAAACUCAUUAAAAAGCUUGAUAAGAUGUUGCAAGACCAACACGAAGUAGAAAAUAAAGAAGUAGACAAUGUCUUGUUAAUGGUUUCUCACUUAUAUAAUUUUAAGGUGUAUGGAUCACAAUUGUUAUACCAAAUUCUAGAAAAUCUAUCCAAUAAGUUUACGGAAAAGGAAGUAGAGCUCAUACUUCUCAUUUUAAAAACAGUAGGCUUCGUUCUCAGGAAGGACAACCCACUUGCGCUUAAGGAAUUAAUAAUAAAAUUACAACAAAAGGCAGUGAACAUGGUAUCUGAGAACUCGAGAAUACGAUUUAUGUUGGAUGUCUUACUGGCAAUUAAAAACAACAAUGUCACUAAAAUUCCGCAGUAUGAUCCGUCACAUGUAGAACAUUUAAAAAAACUGAUGAAGACUAUUAUACGAAAAGGCAAUACUGUGACCCAACUUAAUGUUUCCUUAAACGAUUUACUAUUUGCAAAUGAAAGAGGAAAAUGGUGGAUAGUUGGAUCAGCAUGGAGUGGGGGUCUGGAUGAGAAGAAAGAUAACAAUAAUACUAAUGAAUCAAACACAAUAUUCAGUAAAAAAUUACUCGAUUUGGCACGUAAACAACGUAUGAAUACAGACAUCAGGAAAAACAUUUUUUGUAUCCUCAUGUCUGCAGAAGACUACUUAGAUGCAUUUGAAAAAUUGCAUCAUUUAGGAUUAAAAAAUCAACAAGAAAGAGAAGUGAUCUAUGUUAUUAUAGAUUGUUGCUUACAAGAAAAAAAGUUCAAUCCAUAUUAUGCUGUGUUAGCCGAAAAAUUUUGCAAUUUUGAUAGAAAAUAUCAGAUGACAAUCCAAUAUACAUUAUGGGAUAAAUUAAAAAUACUACAAUCUUACAAUAGUAAACAAUUAGCAAACCUAGCUCAGUUUUUAACUCAUUUGUUUCUAGAAAAGGGACUUCCACUCUCAGUUUUAAAGGUAAUUGAGUUUGGAGAGUUAGACAAGCCUAUUGUACGUCUUUUGAGACAGAUCAUGCUAGGAAUACUACUUCAUGAAAAUACAGACGCAUGUGUACAAGUCUUUGAAAGGAUAUCAAUGUCCUCACAAUUACACAUGUUCAGAGAAGGACUAAGACUGUUCAUUAAUCACUUUGUUGUAAAAAUUGCUAAGGAAGACGUUUUGCCUACCCAACAGGUAGCAAAAUUAAAAGAAACAGCUCUAUUAAUGGAUAAGAUAUUAAUGUCUCAUGGAACAUCCAAUGUGUUUUAAGUAAACAGCGUUUCUGUAAUGUAGUGUAGUUAUUUGUAUAAAGUAAAAAAUAAGGCUGCAUGUUAAAUUAUCGUUAUCAUGUAUAAAAUAAUUACAUACUUUAUUAUGUAAAAAAAAAUUAAUUUUAUAUCAAUUUCCUUACAAAUAUUGAGCAUGGCAGUUGUCACUGAAUAAAUGUAUGAAACUUUAAUAAAAUCUAUUGAAUGGAUUGUUUCACAGGA